GGCCAGCUGGGCUGAAAACCUGCUUUCCCAUCUGCCCAUACCCAUCUCUCUCUUUCUCACUCUGUUUUCUUCUGCAGAUGAACAGUCCAUGGACCCCCCUUUACUUUCUUGAUCUUGUAGGUUUGUAGUGAUCUUAAAAUCUUGAAUUUUGUAUUAUUUAGAUGUGAAUUGGCUUCAUCUCUUAAUUAAUUCCCAAAGGGAUCAACAACUGGCAGCUAUGGGGAAGAAGAAAGAUGGAGUGGACAAGAGAGAGAAAUGGUCACCUUGUGAACGCAUCAUAUCUACAAACCAAACCACCGCCAUUUUCAGCCAUGGAAGUUCUUGUCUUUCAACCAUGAGCAACAGGUUUUAGUUGAAUCUAGAUUUGUGGGGUGAGUGUGGCUGUGGCUGUAAUCAAACAAAACGAUCUCUGUGUUUUCUUCCUCUUUUAACUGUAAAAAUAGUCGUUGGCCGGUGUUGAGCCAUGAAAAGGCUUGGAAGCUCAGAUUCAAUGGCGGGAUUGAUACCCAUGUGCCAAACCAUAGACGAAAGCAGCAGUCCUGUGGGGUACACACGCGAAUUUCAGUCGAUGUUAAUGGAAGGUUUGGAUGAAGAUGGUGGUGGAGACGAUUGUGCCGGAGGAGGCCAGAUCUCGGAGAAGAAACGACGACUAAGUGCGGAUCAGGUGAAGGCUUUGGAGAAAAACUUCGAGAUGGAGAACAAACUGGAGCCGGAGCGGAAAGUGAAGCUUGCUCAAGAGCUUGGCCUGCAACCCAGACAAGUCGCUGUUUGGUUCCAGAACCGCCGUGCACGGUGGAAGACCAAACAACUGGAAAGAGAUUAUGGUGUCCUUAAAGCCAAUUUUGAUUCACUCAAACACAAUUAUGACUCCCUCAAACACGACAACGAAUCUCUACUCAAACAGAUCAGGGAACUGAAGUCGAAAUUGUAUGGGGAAGACGAAGAAAGCAAUAUUCCGGUGAAGGAAGAAGCCGACGAGAAGCAGCCAAAAUCACCGGAAGUGAUGUAUGAAAAUGAAAACAUGGUAACCACAACAUAUUUCCCGGAUUUAAAAGAUGGGUCUUCUGAUAGUGAUUCAAGUGCGAUCUUGAACGAUGACAACAACAGCUCCAACAUGACGACAUCCAUGGCGGACGUGAUGAAGGGCCACCAAUUGACAGAGUCAAAAGACAUAAUGGGUGCUGCACAGAAAGCUUACCAACCACAGUUUGUGAAGAUUGAAGAACACAAUUUCUUCGGUGGAGAUGAGUCUUGCAAUUUCUUCUCAGACGAUCAAGCUCCGACGCUGCAAUGGUACUGUCAAGAUCAGUGGAACUUAACAGAUGAAAACUAAAAUCCCCUGUUAAUCUCCGACUACCGAUCUGUUACCGAUGGAAACAAUUUUAAAAUAAGCAAAAAAUGUAAAUUAAAAUGAAGAAUGAAAUCGGUGGCAUGAGAAUGUAUUUAUAGAUGCCUAGUUUUCGAUUUGAGCUUCAUGUUCUGCCAUUAAAGUAGAAAAAAGCUUCGACUUGAAAGGAGGAAACAUCCUGUAAUAUUGGACAAUAAUCAAGUCAAUGCUACUUUAAAUUCAGAUGCA